UGUUUAACAACUUUCCUGAUCGACAGUUGUAUAGAGGUGCACUCAGGGUCCCGGCGCGGCGUAGCAGUUAGUGAAUGCAACGUACCCUUGACUACUCGGAUGAAGGCGGUGCUAGAUGUGCCCAAGCAGCAGCAGGGCCUUGUCUUUGUGGUUGUAGAAAGAGAAGAUGGCUCCCGUUCUGGAGAAACAGCUCCCGGGCGCAGCUGGGGCAGGCGACAAUAAGAACGAAGAGGAAGAAGGACAAAACCUUUGGACCUCAAUAUUGAGUGAAGUUUCAACUAGAUCAAGUUCAAAGUUGCCAUCAGGAAAGAAUAUCCUGAUAUUUGGUGAGGAUGGAUCAGGAAAAACAGCACUUAUGUCCAAACUUCAAGGAGCUGAUCACAACAAGAGAGGGAGGGGACUGGAGUAUCUGUACUUAAAUGUCCAUGAUGAGGACAGAGAUGAUCUAACUCGCUGUAAUGUGUGGAUCCUGGAUGGAGACCUAUACCACAAAGGCCUACUUAAGUUUGCUGUUUCAGCUCAGUCAUUACCUGACUGUCUAGCUGUGUUUGUUGCAGAUAUGUCACGGCCCUGGACCAUUAUGGAGUCACUGCAGAAGUGGGCCAGUGUGCUACGUGACCAUGUGGACAAGCUCAAGAUCCCUCCAGAGGACAUGAGAGAAAUGGAGCAGAAGAUGGUGAAAGCGUUCCAAGAGUACACAGAACCGGAGGAUGCCACGCCAUCCUCCCCACAGAGACGGGCCCCAACAGCAGGGGAAGACGAGGCCGUUGUGUUACCACUUGGGGACAACACACUCACACACAACCUGGGCAUUCCAGUGCUAAUAGUUUGCACAAAGUGUGACGCAGUCGGCGUACUAGAAAAGGAGCAUGACUACAGAGAGGAGCACUUUGAUUUCAUCCAGUCCCACAUCAGGCAAUUUUGCUUACAGUAUGGAGCUGGCCUGAUCUACACGUCAGUCAAAGAGGAGAAGAACCUGGAUCUGCUUUACAAAUAUAUAGUGCAUAAGAUGUAUGAGUUCCAGUUCACCACACCGGCCUUAGUGGUGGAGAAGGAUGCAGUGUUCAUUCCAUCUGGAUGGGAUAAUGAGAAGAAAAUUGGGAUUUUGCAUGAAAACUUAACAACAGUCAAACCCGAAUCUCCAUUUGAAGAUUUUAUCACGAAGCCCCCAGUACGAAAGUUGGUUCAUGACAAAGAGAUUAAUGCAGAGGAUGAGCAGGUAUUCCUGAUGAAGCAACAGUCUUUGUUAGCAAAGCAGCCAGCCACGCCAACGAGAGGAGCAACAGAGUCUCCAGGCCGGACAGCCUCAGGGUCUCCCAGGCCAGCGGGUCGUGCCGGCCAACCUAACGUGACCAGCAGCUCACCAAUGACUGCUGUCAAAAAGCCUGACCCUAACAUGAAAGCGGGGGCUGCCAAUGAGGGAGUGCUGGCUAACUUCUUCAACAGUCUGUUGAGUAAAAAAACUGGAGCCCCAGGGAGCCCAGGGAGCCCAGGAAGUGGAGCAGUUGGAGCUGGAGUGCAAGGGUCCGCCAAGAAAACAGGGCAGAAGCCGGGUUUGAAUGAUGUCCAGGCGGAGUUGGACCGGAUGACUCACAAACAAGACUCCAUGGUUUCAGCUAACAACACACCACCGCCGACGGAAAACGAAGCGUGAAGGCAACAAAAACAGCUGCACCGUCCACAGCGUUAAUACUCUGGAAAUAUACAUGUACAUGUGAGCGUAAAACAAAUUGACCAAAUUCCCAAUGUCAAAAUCAGUCAGCACACACGGUGGUUUCACCAAAAUGAGUUUCACAUGCUAUCAGAUAUUUUGGUGUUCUGGUGAGAUGGUAAGAGAGAGAUAACAGAGAUUGGUGUGUUAAUGAGAUGAUAAGGGAGUGCUGAAGGCUUGGCUUUAUUUCUGUCCUCUCCUCCACUGUAAAUGUUAUAUGGUGAGGAAUGUCAGAUUAUGGAAAUGUGUGCAUACUCUCUGUUAGCCAGCCUAAUGCGCUGGGCGGCAGGCCCCCCAGUUUCUGGGGUAAAACACACUCCGGUUCAGCUUAUCUUGUGGAAGGAAUUUGGUUGCAAUUGGAAAGGUAUUUAUACCUUUAAUAUAUUCAUUGAAAAGCGUAAUUAAAAUACUUGCAAACAUAUGUAGUAUGUAAAAAAAAAAAGGUUUGAUAUAAUACUGAUGAAUUUAUAAGCUCCUUUUUAUUUUAUUUUGUGCCCCAUUUAUUGGUUAACGGAAACAUUCAUCUGUAUCCCAUAACAUGUUAAAUAGCCACUGACGUCAUGACACUAAUACGUCCAGAUAGCUGAUAUCAUAAUAUUUGCCCUAUUCAUCUCACAUGAUCCUGUAAAUAUAAAUACAAAAAAAAAUUCAGGUUAACUUUGACUUUGUAUAAAAUGCAAUUCUGUCCAAAUUCUGAUAGCUUAUAAAUGAGAUUGGUUGGGAUUUAAUAGGGUCAAAGGUUGCAAUGGAACUGCUUCUUUAGCUACAGGUGUGUAUAUUUGGGGAUGGGGUGGGGCAGCAUCUUUCCUACUAUAACUCCUAAGUGCCUCGCACAGUUAGCUGUUUGUGUCAUAGUAGAGGUGCUUGUCUACGUAAGAGGAAAUGCACAUCGUUUAAAAGGUUUUCUUAUCCAUAUAAUUUAUUUCGCUUUUACAUUGUUGUCAAUGUACAACAAGCCUGUGGUCUGUUAUUUUUCAGAAAUAACAUUUCUGUGGCCUAGUCAAUGGUGUUUAAUAGAGCAAUAGAUUGAAUGCCUUCCUUCAAACUGGGCUGCAGAUGUAAGAAGAAGCCACGAGAUACUUUUGGGUCCCCCAGAAGAACACUUACUGUGGUGGAAACCACUCACUUUGCAGCCAAAAGACAAUGAUUUGCAGUUUGAACUAAAUGAGAUAUUGUGUUUCACAGCACUGUCGUCCUUUGAUUUCACAUGUUUUAUUCACACUGUACUUCACGUCAGUUCAAACAUUCCCAGUUUCUACCUGAAGUAGCUGUAGAAACAGCCCUGUAGUAAAACCUGUUUGUCCUGUCAGGUCUUUUUGUUCAGCCUCCUUCAGUGCCCAUUUAAAAUAACGACCUUUGCCUUCAAUGCACAGCUAACAGUUUGUCACACAGGGCACCCUGCCUUUACAGGAAUGCUCCUAAUUAAUUUGUGUGUCCUUAAGGGGUUGCUUAAUUGUGUAAUGUAAAUUCUUUUUUUCUUUUUAUAUAAAUUAAAACCAUUUUACUGUACCAUAUCAAAUCUGUAAUAAUUAUGGUUUCAUUAUGCCAUAAUUUAAUCAAAAUUAAUGAAGUGUACAGUAUAAUUCAUUCUGUAUGCAAGGUCCUACUUAAUCUUAUGGAUAGUAUACAUCAGUAGCUUUCACAGAAGUAUUAACAGGUGUGACAAGAGCAGCUAUUUGCUAUUUAAUAGCAAAAAAAGGACAACUGGAGUGAAUUGGGAUAUGGAACCAAAGAUGCAUAUUAGUCACUCUUUUCUGCUUAUAUAGUUGAUAAUCAUCCAUAAGAUUAACCAGUGGCCGUUGUGUGUCCCACUCUUUCAUGGAACCCUCGCAUUCCAAACUUCAGACCUACCUAUGAAUAACAACCUAUAACACCUUAAUGGUAGAAAUGCCUUUUUCCACUCAACCAUAUCUGGGGUUUUAUCAGUCUAAGGAAAAAUUACCAUAUUUAUGUACAGUAGAUUAUGGUAAAUUAUCUAAAUGCAUCUACAAAUUUAAAGGAAUUAGGGUUUAACUUUAAAUUUGGUCUGAAAGGGAAUAACAGUCUACGUUAUGCAUGCUUUGAUUUGUUAUCAAAAUUAUGCUACACAACUGUUCUGGAUUUACUUUUGAUCAAAAUGAAGAUCUUUUUGUUUCUCCUUCUCUUUUCCUUUUUUGUGACUGGGUGGAAUGUGCACCUGAGGGUCUGUUGCCGAGGUGGAUGAAGCACAAUUUAAUAACAGCCAGGAGCAGUAUCGCCACAUGUUGAAAUAAGCACUUUUCCUUGGACACUUAUAUCAAUUCCCUGUUGCUACAGUUACAGAUACAAAAUGCAUAAUUUUCUUUUUCUUUUUGCCUUGCCUUUGUUAGAAGAUUUAGUAAUGAACCUAGAAGUUAAUCUCAACAGUAAAACUGCAUUAUUUAUCUGCAUUUGCUGCUUAAGUUAUGGAAGGUGCCCCUGGUGGCUAACUAUGGAAUAACCACUUUCUGCUGGUGAUGUUGUAAAUUGAAUCAAUCCUCUAGACAUGUCAUUACACUUUUGCCAGGGAUGCUUUUUGGGACAUCUUGAAGUAGAUAAACCAAAUAAAUGUCCAUUCAUUUUCAGGUUUGACCUUUUUGCCCAUUAUAGUUCCCUUUAGUUUAUGUUUACAUCCUAAUUAGACAUGUUUUGUUGGUGUUUGUCAAAUAUGGCUUUUCCCAUAGACACUUUCUGGUUAAAAGAAUUUUGAAAUGCUACCCUAAUUGACGAACCACCACGCUCAUAUUUCUUCAUCAAACAUGGCCAGAAUUGUUAAAUUUAGCAUUUAGCUGAGUGGAAUGAAGUGCUCUCAUGCUGUUUGGUUUCAAAGUUGCAUUUGCUUUUUGUAAAUGUUGGAUGUUGCUCCCAAGAUUGAAUAAUGAACAAAUGUUGUACCUUUUGUAAUCAAACGUUAGUUGAAAGCAACUGCCUCUUCAAAUCCUUACUGAAUUGCCUUCAACCACUUAUGACUAUAUUGUCUACAUCUAUAUGAGACUUUGAGCUUCUGCUUCCAGUCCUUUUGUAUUCAGGAUAUCAAGACAUUGUAAGCACAUGGCUGGCUGCAUUUUUGUGUCCUAAAUUAAUUCAGAAGUUGAUUGUAUGACUUUAACACAAUUCUGUAGCCUUUAAGCUGCAAUGUGGAGUCUCGCUUCUUACGCCGACAAAGAUAAGGAAAAUGUUUAUCAGACCCCUGGCUUCAAUAAAACCAAGAAUCCAAACUUU